GGGGUUUUUGCCCUGUCGAUUUGUAAAUAUUUCGGUAUUUUCGUCGUUAAAUUAACAAAAAAAAUAUUUACGUUUAUUGCAUAGUUGAUGUCAACUAUGUUGUUCGUAGUUAUUAGUUUGGUUUGUGAAUACUAAGGAUAUAAAUUAUUGUUACUAUUUAUUUAUUUUUAUGUAAUUUUUGUUUUACCGGCUACUGAUGUGGCUCAAUAUUCAGUCUUUAACAAGCAGUUACCGUAUACAGUAAUAGCGAACAUGACGAGAAAAGCAUUAAAUGUUUUUGUGGAAUUGAAUGUACAUGCGGUGACGUGUCCCGGCGUGUGGCUGAGCGCCCGAGGGAGGGUCGCGCUGCGAGUGGCGAUGCUCGGCACCUCGGUCCGGACGUCCCGCGUCCCGCCGGUCUUCCCGCUGCUCUUCCACAGCAAGUUCAUCUUCCAGAAGACGCUGUGGGACGUGUGCCGGCUGCCGGAGCUGGAGGAGGCGCUCGCGCGGCAGACGCUGGUGGCCCAGCUGGUGCAGGGCGAGGGGGAGGAGCGGCUGCUGGCGACCUUCGAGACCUCGCUCCUGGAGCUGCUGUUCCCGGUGACGUUCCGGCCCGACCUGGCCUGCGGCGUGGACGUGGACCUGCUGAUGGACGCCAGCCCCUCCUUCCCUGGCAUCCUGGCUCCUAAAAUUGAAGUGUCUACAAAAACUACGAUAGAGGAAGUCACACAUCGUACCAAACCCAGCAAAUUCGUGAUCAACCCAAAAAUGGUAUCAUCUAAGAGCGGCAAGCAGGAGGCUCCCCGGGGCCAGAGCUCGUCCCAGCCGCGCUACUGCACGCGCGGGAGGCGUCGGCAGCGCGCCGCCAGGAAGCCGGGCGAAGCAGAGCCGCCCCAGCCGGGCCCCUGGGUCUCCGCCUCGGGCCAGCUGUUCUCUGCCGACACGUACCACCAGCUGCGCGAGGACGGCGGCGACGAGGGCUGCUCGUGCCGCGGGGCAGCGCAGGGCCGGUGGGAGGCGGGGCAGAGCGCGUGCCGGGUGCAGUGUGCUGACGGCUCCUGCCAGGUCUGCCUCGCCUACAACAAGUACUUCAACCCGUCGGCGGACCGCAAGGUGCACUUCCCUCAGACCUCAAAGAAGUCUCUAUCUCCUGGUGGCUCCGAACACUUUCACAUGAGAGGUGGUGCUGGGUGCCUGCACUCGGCCCCCGGCUCGGAGGCCAGGGCGUCCACGCAGAUCCCGGCCGCGUGUCGCUCGCCCGUGUUCGAGGGCAGCUGCUGCAGCACGGCGUCCCGCGCCGAGAACAUUCCCAGGAAUAGCAGCCGGGAAGUAUACUAUCGUGACCUUGAAAAAUUCUACAGUAAACUCCAUCAUCGAUACCAAACGAGAUCCCUCAACGGCAAACUUGUUUGUAGUUGAUAAAAUUUCAUUUUACUUUCCUUCUUAAAAUACAACAUGUAUUUUUAUCUAUUAUAUAAUGCUCAAGUUAAGUAUUAUUACUGAUAGAACACACAUACUAUACAAAGUAUUUAAGUGUUUUAAUACUGUAAGUAUUUUAUUUAUAUUACUAAUUAUCAGCGAACAAUUCAGUAAUCAGUCAGUACAGAUGAAAUGUGUUGGCAAUUGCUGAUAAAAUAUGCAGUUUUAUGUUAAUGUUGGCCCCACUGUUUACGAACAGUAUAGUUUUUACAUGUUGGUCUCCCGUUGUGUAAUACGUGUAUUUAUCAUGAAAGAUGAAAGGAUGGUAACUACAGUAGAACCCGUUUAUAGUGAACCCGCCUAUAAUGAAUUCCCGUUUAUUGUGAAUUUCCGUCUCAGUCCCGGCAAAAUGAUUUGAGGUUAUGUAUUAAUUUAUUGGAUAUAGCGCACAACUUUUGUCAAUGUUGAUACGUUUUCCCGUGUACCACGAACAAAUUUUGCCGACAUAAUGCAUAAUCUCAAAUAUUUUCAUAUAAUUAAAAGUUUUUUCAUAAAACGUCUAUUCUGGAUCACAUUGAAGUUUUUCUCCGCAAUACGCUACUCGAUUGUCCACUGUUCAUAUUAUAAACAAGUCGUAAUCGAGUGGCCUCGGUAGGCUACGUGUAGCCAAAAAUGGUGAUCAGUUUGGUGAAAAUAAAAAAUAGUUUUCCCUGUAUAGUUAAAGAAUGGGCGAACGCGUGUACAUUUAAUAUGUUAUCAAAAUUAUAAAUAAAUUACUGCCACACAAAUACGUAUGUACAUUAUAGCAGCAAAUUCAAUAUUUUUACGUCUCAUUUUUAUCGUUCACGUUUCGGACAUUUUGAUCGGAUAAGGUUCGUAAGACUACCACUAGAUAGAACUCUGUGGACAAAAUGUUCCCAUAGAAAGUGAGAAAAUUUCGUUCCAGCUUUAGCAACUGCGAUACUAAAUGAUACGUAGUAAUCUUUGAUGCACCACACUCGUUAUUUUUCGUUUAUUUACUUUUGACGGUAAAAAGAAUUACGUGUUAUCAAGCUGCAAAUGUGCUUCAAUAAGAAAUACGUACAUAAAAAAAGGUGAAAAAGCGGUAAAAAACGUAAGGCAUUAUCUGUGCGAGAUAAACUGGACAUUAUUGAAAAGGGAGACUCCAACCCCACUGUCCCGCACAUGUUAAUAGCAAAGGAACUGGGAAUUGCAACAUCCACAUUAAGUACAAUAUUAAACAAGCUGAACAAUCUUCUUUCUCAAGCUGCGAUAACGUCACAGAGUAUUAAAUGCCCGAAAAAAGGAUAAUAUGCCGAAAUCCAAGAACCAUUAGGUAAUAGAAAGUGUAGUUCAUUAAAAAAAAAUCUGCUUUUGCUCAUAAAAUUGUUGCUUUGAGUAUUUUCAUUCGUUCUUUUCUUGGCUUAGGCCUAUGUGUAGUUAAGAUUUUGCUUUUGAGAAUGUAUUGCCAAUAUAAAAGUUUUCCCAGAUAUAAAGUUUCCCCUCUAUAGUGAACAUAUAAACUACUCCCUUCAGAUUCGUUAUAACAGGGUUAUACUGUAUUGGGUGUGCUAAAAGUAUAAGAUCUAUAACCGCUAAAUACAGGGUGUCCACUCAUUUGGGAGAACUAAAUUCCAGGGUUUUUCAAGGAUUUUUAAGAAAUUUCGUAAAGUUUAAAAUAGUAAGUAUUCCUGUAAGAGUACAUUACUUCUUUGAUAAAAGAACAUAAUUAGCUAUUGCUUGUUGUUUAAACUACGACAGUAGCAAUCAACAGCAACAUUUUACGAAAAGACAGUGUUGGUAUAAAUAAUACAGAAAACCAUAAGGGUAAAACUAAAAUUAGGUACUUCAGCAGUUGCCAGGGAUGAAAAAAUUUAAUAUGUAAUCUAGUCACCCUGACUAUUACAGGCAACGUUUGUCUGAAAUUACCAGAAAACAUCAAACUAAAUUCACCCACUCAGAAAUAGCUGUCUCUGAAAGAGUAUUUUCCCAAUGUUCAUCCCCUUCUAAUAAUCUUAGUCCUUUGCAAGCACUUUGAUAUGUUGCCAAAAUAUUGCCAUUAAAAGUUCUAAGAUGUUCAAAAGUGCAUAUUCAUUAAUAUUAUUCUUAAGUAAAAAACAUUCUUUGUGAUUUAGAUGAACAUCAUAAACCUGGCUGAAAGCUGCAUAUUUUUUUUUUAAACCAGGGUAACCAUCAUCAUAAUCAUCCUAGCCAUGUUUUCUUCUGGAAAAUUUAUUUCUUUCCCAGGUGUAAUAUUGGGGCACUUCAUGUAUAACAAAGUUUUUGCAAAAUUGUAGUUUCUGCAGAGCUCGAAUAAUCCAGUAAGUCGAUGCUGGGAGAUUAACACAAUCUUGAAAGUUUUUAUCAUUAAAAUAAAUUCUUUGUCCAUUUUGCAAACGGAUGACUGCUGGGAGGUUUUCAUGAAUAGGAAACGGAAAAAUUCUCAAAAUAGCUUCAAAGUGUUAGUAUAGCGACCGUCAAGAUAAUUCUCUUCAUCAUCGUUAUUAUUGUGCAAAGUGAAUGAUGCUGUAUCAGAACCUUUAUGAAUGUAUUUGCAUAUAUAUUUUAUAGCUUUGACUGAGUGACAAAAUUCCAUGUUAAUGUGUGCAUUGAAAAUUCGUAAUAAAACUGGAUCAUAAGGGACAACCCA